AUGGAAAAUCAAGGUUCUGCACGAACUACCAGUAGCCCCUCGCAUCCAUCAUACCCGUCAGUUGUCUGGAUGUCUACUGGACCUUUACGGAUCCAGCAAUCUACAUCCGCCACUGGAGGAGUACAUCGCAAGCGAUGGACAGCUCAAAUGAACGAGAAUGCAUUGCGAGUGUACUUUAGGGCGAAAGGAGGAGAAGUUGGAGGUUUUGCGUACCGGCUUAGGAUGCAUUGCUUUUUGAUCAUCGCUGAGCUGGAGCCAUCCGUCACCGUCAGUGAGCAAAACCUGGCAGACCGAGUUCGGUGCAUUAUGCGCUCAAAAAUAUUUGAUGAUACCGAACUCACGGCGAACGAACGGCUACGACGAUGUGAGAUUGUUCCACCAUUAGAUGGGAAUACUAUACUAUGCUAA